AUUUUUCCUUUACAAAGUGAGAGAAAAGUAAACAGCACAUGGGGCAAGGGACAGAUGAACGUGUUUGACUGAGCAGCCCCGUGGGUCUGACAUUGGUAUAUCUGUGGAUAGAGAGCUCUAUCACUGAGGGCCACCGCUCUGACAUGGGACAUUGGAACUGUUCGGCAGGGUAGGGGGGUCUCGGGUCUGGCAUGUGUUAGACUGGCAGUGAGCUCCAGACUAAAUGCACAAUGUUUGGCGUUCAGUUGGGUUAUGAGAACGAUGCGGGAUGUUACAGGUGCCCCAUAACCCCGUGCCCAUAAGGCAAGUGCAUUUUGGCAGCAAGGGGAGCUAAUGGCAAGUGGCGAGUCCGAUAGCGCAGGAGCAGCCCAUUGCCCAGCCGUGCCCCUCUCCUCGCUGAGCUGUGGGUGUGUUUGGGAGGAAGCAGGGAACUGGCGUGGGUAAAGCAUACAGUAAGGGAGGGGGCAGGACACAGAGAAGUCAGAGCAGCCUGGGGGAGCAGGAACAGUGUAUUGGGGAGCAGCUAACGGGGGAGUGUUUGUGGAGCAAAGUGAAAGCUCCGUCAUCCUGUGCGCGCCGCCCCACUUGACGAAGUUUGUCCCAGCAGUGUCGGACAGGAGGGAGGUGCGGGGCUGAGCUGGAUGUGCCCUCCUCAACUGAGUCCGACUCACUCACUACUCAUCAAUGAGAGCCGCGCUCCUCCGGCCCUAAGGGUUAUGCCUGCUGCAACACGUGACUGGAUAGUAGCGCUCCUCCAUGCCCUGACUCUGCACUGAAGAGCUAAAGCGGGAUGGAACUGCAAGUCCUGUGCGGAGUCCUCUUUUGGCUCCUUCUGCCCGGCUCCCUCUUGGCAGCCUGUCUAUUCCGCUACAACUUGCUGUCACUGGUGUACCUGUUUUUUCUGCUGCUUCUGCCAUGGUUUGCUGGACCAAGUGCCUGCAGCAUGAGAGAUCACACAGGACGUCUCAUGAAGGCUUUACUUGCUACCAGCAUCCUCUUCCUCUGUGCUCAUCUCAGCUUCCAGGUUUGCCUGUACACGAUACCUGAAAUGGAUGACCUGCUAGGGUACAACUGCAGCAGCUGGAAUUUGUUGGCUCGUCAUGUAGGCAUAACCAGGUUGGACCUUUCUGAUAUCCCCAACACAGUGAGACUGGUGUCCCCAGAUUUUGGCAUCUUUGUUGUGUCAGCGGUGUGCCUGGGCUUGUGUAAUCGCCUGGUGUCCAAGAAGAAUAGACAGAGGUCUGCAGGACAUUUUGAGCAGGAAGAAGAAAGGACUGACCUUAACCUGAUAGAUGGAAGUGGAGAGUGUGAUGCAGAGUAUGAGGUGGGGUGCAACAUACAGUCACGAGUUAACCCUGUUGGGUCCUGGUUUAGGAAGGCAGCACACAGGCUUCUGGAAACAGCGGGGAAAUUACUUGCCGUCUUGCUCUUGGCUCUUGCAGGUAUCACGUUGCCCUCUGCUUUCUCAGCCCCAUAUUAUGUGGUUUUCAUUGGUCUCUGCACAUGGUGGGCCUGCCAUUUUCCUAUAAGCCAGCUAGGCUUUAAUACUGUCUGUGUCAUUGUUGGGUUCUUCACUGGAGGUCAUAUGAUCUGCCUUUAUAUUUAUCAGACACCUUUCAUCCAACAAAUGUUUCAUCCUGACCAGUUAUGGGCAAGGUUAUUUGGGCUGCAUGACAUCAUCAGUCACUCCAAUGUUACAGACUGUACCAAUGACCCUCUGAAUCAAAACCUUGAUUGGCCAGUGUACGUCCAUCCUGGAAUUUUAUUAUUACUUUACUACUCCGUAAUAUCUAUGCUGAAACUGAAGCGUUCUAACAAAAAGAAGAUUUCAGGGUGUGACCUUCAUAAAUCUCAGCAGGAUGAUUUGGAGUUGACUGAUAUUGAUCCAAAGGAGCCCUAUAAUGUAGGAGAAGAAACAAGACCAAUGCUUGAGAGGAUGAACACUGAAGAAGAGGCUAAUCCCCAAGACUGCACUGUUCACGUGAUCCAAAGUAAUUCUGAUCAACUACCUGACGAGCUUGCAACCAAGGAACAGUCAUCAUUUCACCUGAUGAUUCAUGUAAUAAUGAGCCAAAUCUAUGUCUGUGCACUUAUUGCUAUGAUGGUGUGGAGCAUAACGUAUCACAGCUGGCUGACCUUUGUUCUUCUGCUGUGGGCAUGUAUAAUCUGGAUGGUGAGGAACAGGAGUCAGUUUGCAAUGCUGUGCUCUCCCUUUAUUCUGCUGUAUGGAGUGACCCUCUGCAGCCUACAGUAUGUCUGGAGUAUGGAUUUGAAGGAAGAGCUUCCCACGCAACUUGGCUUUAUGAAGCUGUCACAGCUGGGAUUGGUUCGCGCACCUUACCCCUGCCUGAACAUGGGAGCACUGCUUCUCUACACGCUGACAUUUUGGCUGCUUCUGCACCAGUUUGUAACAGAAAAGAUUGUAAAACGUAAGAAGGUUAUGUCCCCGCUCCUGGAGGUGACUGUGCCAGCGACAGAUGCUGCCAAAGAAAAUAACUUGCUAAAACGUUUUGGGGAGCAAGUGAAGAGCUUGUAUGCCAAAUACUGGAUCUAUGUGUGUGGAGGCAUGUUUAUUGUGGUCAGCUUUGCUGGCAGACUGGUAGUAUAUAAGAUAGUCUACAUGCUUCUAUUCCUACUCUGCUUGGUGUCUUUUCAGGUGUAUUACUCUUUGUGGAGGAAGCUGCUGACUUUUUUCUGGUGGUUAGUUGUAGCUUACACAAUGUUGGUUCUUAUCGCCAUCUACACCUUUCAAUUUGAAGAGUUCCCUGUUUACUGGAAAAACUUGACCAACCUUACAGAUGAGCAGUUGGGUGAUAUUGGGCUGGAGAUGUUUAGCGUGUCGGAACUUUUUACCAGCAUCCUUAUACCAGGCUUCUUCCUCCUUGCCUGCAUUCUCCAGCUGCACUACUUUCAUCAGCCAUUUAUGCACAUGACAGACUUGGCACAUGCCUCAUCUCAAGGAAGUUUCCAAAGCCAGGAGAGUAGUGGACAGCCAAAGGAGGAAGAAGAGAGAGAAGAGAAAGCUGGUGCUUGCAGUGUUGCAGAUGAUGAGGAGGAGGAGGGGGAGGAAGAAUCUGCACAUGAAGCUGAUCUAAGUAAAUGGGACCUCGUGACUCAGCGCCUCUCUGUCCUGUUCUUUAAGUUCUCUGAACUGCUACACCGACUACAGGUUUUCCUUUGGAGGCUUUUGGAACUCCAUGUGUUGAAACUGGUUGCUUUGUAUAGCGUGUGGGUUGCAGUGCAAGAGGUAUCUGUGAUGAAUUUCCUGUUUGUGGUCCUGUGGGCUUUUGCUAUGCCUUUCUCCCGAUUCCAACACAUGGCUUCCUGUCUUUGUACCGUCUGGACUUCUAUCAUCAUUGUUUGCAAAAUGCUUUACCAGCUUACUGUUGUCAACCCCCUGGAGUACUCUAGCAACUGCACUCAGCCUCUUCUUAAUAGCACCAGUCUCCUACAGCAGGAGAUUCUGGACUCCACCCUGUACAGAGCACCUAUAGAUCCAGCAAACUGGUUUGGAGUCCGAAAAGGUUAUUCAAACCUAGGUUACAUUCAGAAUCAUCUGCAGAUCCUCCUACUUUUGGUAUUUGAAGCAAUUGUUUAUCGGCAUCAGGAGUUUUACCGUAAACGAUACCAGCUUGAGAAGCCACACAUUCAAGCUGUAUUCCCAGAUGUGUACAGACAGCACUUGGACCAAGGCUUGUUCAGCUGUAUCAAAUAUUUUAUCAACUAUUCCUUUUAUAAGUUUGGUCUUGAGAUCUGCUUCCUUCUGACUGUGAAUGUGAUUGGUCAGAGGAUGAACUUUAUGGUAAUCUUUCAUGGUUGCUGGCUGAUUGUGAUUCUUACUCGACGGCAGAGAGUCAACAUUGCAAAAUUAUGGCCUAAAUACUGUGUGUUCCUGAUCUUUUUCCUGCUGUGGCAGUACAUGAUCUGCCUGGGCAUUCCUCCAGUACUCUGUAUAGAUUAUCCCUGGAGGUGGGGCACAUUUGUUCCUGUCAACUCUGCGCUGAUAAAGUGGUUAUACCUUCCAGACUUCUAUACUACACCCAAAUCUGUCAACCUUAUCAAUGAUUUUGUUCUGUUAAUUGGGGUGGCCCAGCAGUGGAAGGUGUUUAUUAAUGAGAAGAAGGAAGAAUGGUACACUAUGGCAGGGGAGAAUGUGGAAGAGUUUGAAGCUCCAAAAGAUAGGCCCAACCCAGUACCAAACUUCAUCAAUUGCAAGUCUUAUCUGGAUAUGGUAAAAGUAGCAGUUUUUCGGUAUCUCUUCUGGUUUGUCUUGGCUGUGGUCUUUAUAACAGGGGCCACUCGCAUCAGUGUUUUUGGCCUUGGAUAUUUGUUGUCCUGUUUCUACCUUCUCCUGUCUGGUACAACCCUUCUGCAAAAGCCAGUGAAAGCAAAGCUGGUUCUUUGGGACUGCCUGAUUCUCUACAACAUUACUGUUGUACUGUCCAAGAACAUGCUGGCGCUCUUGUCUUGUGUAUUUGUCCAACAAAUGCAAACCAACUUCUGCUGGGUGAUCCAACUCUUCAGUCUCGUUUGCACAGUUAAGGGUUAUUACAACCCCCGAGAAAUGGAUAAAGACCGGGAUUGCUCUUUGCCAGUGGAAGAGGCUGGAAUCAUUUGGGAUAGCAUCUGCUUCUUAUUUCUCCUCCUACAGCGAAGAGUUUUUCUGAGUUGCUACUUUCGUCAUGUUGUUCUUGACCUUUGUGCAUCUUCCCUUCAAACUUCAAGAGGUUUUGAGCUCUUCAUGGCCAGCAUCAGGAAGAAUAUGUGUUUCCACCAGGAAUCCGAGAAACGAUCUCUCAAGCAGCUUAAGAAGCAAAUGGAGAGGAUUCGAGCAAAGCAAGAACGGUAUCAUGAAGGCAGGAGACAAAAUGAAAACAAUCAAGAAAAGGAAGAUGAGCCUGGCAGCAAGAAAGGGUCCCCUAAGCAAAAGAUCCAUUGGAGCCGUCAAUGGUUAGACCACGCCUCAGUGCUGCAUUCAGGAGAUUAUUUUCUGUUCGAAUCGGACAGUGAAGAGGAUGAAGAUUCUUUACUGGAGCAGGAUCAGAGGCCACCCAAGCAGAGUGGUUUUCAGCUUGCAUACCAGGCAUGGGUUACAAGUGCUAAGUCUGCGCUGAAGGAAAGAAAGAGUCAUCAGAAACAGAGAUCUGGAAUGGUGGAAAUGGUCGUGGUAGAUAAUAGUGAAACAGGAGGGGAGGCAGAGUCUCAUACACAGGAACCAAGAGAGAAGGGAGAGGAUGAAGAUCUGAAUGAGGAGAGAGGAGGAAGUAAUGUGGUACAGCGUAUCCUUGAUGUGUUGAAGUUUCUCUGGGUUCUUCUGCUUGCCAUGGUGGAUGGGCUGACCGAUUGGCUAGGAACCCUUACAAAGCAGCAUGUCGAUAUGUCCACAGUACUGUGGGUGGAGAGGUACCUCAUAACUCAAAAACUGUCUAAGGGGGAAGACAUCAAGCGCAGGGAUUUGGAAAAUGUAUAUGACACAGGGCAGGAUCUUAGGGCACCCAAGUUAUCAUCUCCCACAACUGAUUCUCCAACAAGCAUCACUUCAAGUUGCUGUGAGGAAGAGGAGAUUACCUGCAGCACAGCUGACUGUACAGAAAAUAUUAUGCAACUCAGCACCGGGUACAACACACGAAGCAACAGCUUGGACUCUAUUAGGGGGUCUGAGGAAAUCAAGCCAACUCAUCGUUCUCGUACUGCUAGUGAAUUGCUGCUUUCCAGGCCACUCUGUUUCCCAGAGCUGUCAGAGUCUCAGCACUUCUUUCAGUCUCAGAGUCGUAUUCUGAGGCUUCUAUUGACCCUCUAUAACUUUGUGGCUGGUCACUCUGAGCUGCUUUGCUACUUCAUUAUCAUUCUCAACAACAUGGUGAGCGCCUCCCUGAUAUCACUCUUCCUCCCAAUUCUCAUCUUCCUGUGGGCUAUGCUUUCCAUACACAAACCCAGCAAGAGCUUCUGGAUGACUGCCAUCAUUUUUACUGAGGUUAUGGUGGUAAUAAAAUACCUCUUCCAGUUCGGUUUCUUCCCAUGGAAUAAUUAUACCAUUCUGGUACGCAAUGAAGGAAAACCAUUUUUUCCUCCGCGUGUCCUUGGACUUGAGAAGAGUGACUCGUACAUCAAAUAUGAUCUGAUCCAGCUCUUAAUGCUCUUUUUUCAUCGCUCUCUGCUUAUGAGUUAUGGUCUAUGGGAUCGUAAAGCCUUUGACCUUGAAGAGAGAACACCAGGGAAGGAUAAAGAGAGCAAAACGGAGAUUCUCACAUCCCAGGAUCUAGAGCCAGCGGGAAGCAGCAGCUCCUCCCUGCGUCAGCGCAAAAGAAAAGAGUCCCAGGGUAGUGUACAAGAAAGAGUCUCUUUAAAAGAGAGAUCAACAGAUCUGCAGAAGAAGAGAAAAGGAAGAUCUGCUCACAGAAUCAAAGUGAUGGGAAUGAAGAUACAGCAGUUUUUUAACUGCAUUGUCCGGAAUGUAUAUCAGCCAGUGAAAGGUUUCUUCCAUGAUAUUCUACAUACUAAGGACCGUGCUGCAACAGAUGUUUAUGCGUUCAUGUUCCUCGCAGAUGUGGUUGACUUUGUGAUCAUCGUAUUUGGUUUUUGGGCUUUUGGAAAACACUCUGCUGCUGCUGACAUUGCAUCAUCUCUCUCUGAUGACCAAGUACCAGAAGCUUUCCUAGUUAUGGUCCUCAUCCAGUUUUCCACCAUGGUGAUAGAUCGUGCUCUGUACCUGCGGAAGACUGUGCUUGGAAAGCUCAUCUUUCAAGUUAUUCUAGUGAUUGGGAUACAUGUCUGGAUGUUCUUUAUUUUGCCUGCAGUCACAGAACGGAUGUUCAAUCAGAACACAGUGGCUCAGCUCUGGUAUUUCGUUAAGUGCAUUUACUUUGCCCUGUCUGCCUAUCAGAUCCGCUGUGGGUAUCCUACCCGCAUCCUGGGCAACUUCCUUACCAAGAAGUACAACCAUCUCAACCUAUUCCUAUUUCAAGGGUUUCGCAUGGUUCCCUUUCUAGUAGAGCUCAGGGCUGUUAUGGACUGGGUUUGGACUGAUACCACCUUGUCCUUGUCCAACUGGAUGUGCGUGGAAGACAUCUAUGCUAAUAUCUUCAUUAUCAAAUGCAGCCGUGAGACUGAGAAGAAAUACCCCCAGCCUAUAGGGCAGAAGAAAAAGAAGAUAGUGAAAUAUGGAAUGGGCGGUUUGAUCAUUGUCUUUCUUAUCUGCAUAAUCUGGUUUCCCCUGCUCUUCAUGUCGUUGGUGCGCUCGGUGGUGGGAGUUGUCAACCACCCUAUAGACGUCACGGUUACUUUUAAACUCGGGGGUUAUGAGCCCCUAUUCACAAUGAGCGCUCAACAACAGUCCAUCCAGCCAUUUACCUCAUGGCAAUAUGAAAAUCUCACCUGUAGGUUUGAGAGACAGCCGACUGCCAUGCAGUUCAUUACAUUGUAUAGCUACGAGGACAUAGUGACUGCGAGAAUUGAGGGAAGUUCAGGAUCUGUGUGGGGAAUCAGUCCUCCAAGCCGUGAGCAGAUGAGAAAGGAGCUACAAAAUGGAUCCUCAGACAUCACACUGCGCUUUACCUGGGAUUUUCAGAGGGACUUGGCAAAAGGUGGUACUGUUGAGCACACAUCUGAGAAGCACACUAAAGACUUGAAGUCUGGGAGCCAGGAGAGGAUGGAGCUGGCAGAUCUUCUUCUAGGAGUACGAGAUACCCCUGUCGUUAUUCAGCACUUGUUUCCAAAGUACAUCCGCGCUCCUAAUGGCCCAGAAGCAAAUCCAGUGAAACAGCUCCAGCCUGAUGAGGAAGAAAGUUACCUGGAUGUGGAGGUGCAGCUGAAUCGGAUGCGCGUUGCAGAGGGAAAUGGCACCAGCAGUUUUGUGGAGUGGUGGGUAAUUACAUUGAAAGACUGCAAAGACGACUGCAACAUACUACCGAUGGUGAUUUUUAAUGAUAAGGUCAGCCCUCCUAGCUUAGGAUUCCUGGCUGGAUAUGGGAUCAUGGGUUUGUAUGUGUCUAUUGUGCUGGUCGUUGGGAAGUUUGUGCGUGGGUUCUUUAGUGAAGUCUCUCACUCCAUCAUGUUUGAGGAGCUGCCGUGUGUGGAUCGGAUUCUCAAGCUGUGUCAGGAUAUCUAUGUGGUGCGCGAGCGCGGGGAAUUAGGACUGGAAGAGGAACUGUACGCAAAACUCAUCUUCCUGUAUCGCUCACCAGAAACCAUGAUCAAGUGGACUACAGAGAAGGAUUAGGCUUUCUAUACCGGUGCAGGGGAAGCAUUUACCUAAUACAGAUAAAAACACUGAGCUGUAUGAAUCUUACAGGAAAGGAGAGAAAGUGGGGUCAAGCACUAAAGCUGAUAUGCCAAGAAAGACACUACAAGUUGGAUCUAAUGGAAGAUAUGGGUUCUAAACCUCUACUCAACACUUAAGUCCAAGUGUAACUGCUCAUGUGAACACUUUGUAUUUUCAGUUUACAAUAACUGCACAUUUUGCAGUGCUGUCUUUGGGACGAUAUUAUUAACUUAUGUAAAGGGAGAGCAGUUGCUGGUGUCUCAAGGUGGGCUGUGUUUCUCAGCAAGGCUGGAAGAUUCUCACUUAAUAUAUAUAUAUAUAUAUAUAAAUGCUGCCUGAUUUUAGAGGACUUCACUCAAGCAAAAAUGUCUUUAAAAAGUAAAAAAAAACUGACCUGGACGGUUCUCUUGGAAAUGAACUGAGCCAUUUUACAUGUGACUGUUCCAAGCACCUUGUAGAGAAGAGUCCUUACUUAGCGACUGUUACAGCAGAAACUGUAUGCACUGUUCCAAAUCCAUCCUUGCCCUUAUUACCUGGAGAUGGAUGGGGCCGAUGGUGAUCAAUAAAAUGGCUGGUAUCUAUGCCUCCUCCCACUGUUACUGUGCCAAUGACUAUACUAUAUGUGCAAUAAUACUGCAGGAUAGGAAACCCAAAUCACUGGGCAGCACCACCAUGUGACUAAAAUAAGAUACUUUCUACUCUGCUCCUGUGGCCCUCUUGAAUACACCAGCCUGGAGUCAAUUCCAGAUGCUCAUGGUGCCACCAUCUUCAUCCCUUGAUGGGCACAUUUAGGGGCAGAGUUAUUAUCCAGCGUAAAAAACAGCAACAAAAUUUGCGACACAUUGCCAGGCUUUGUCGUGUUCCUGCACAUUUUAUCUUAGAGCAACUUCCGCCAGGAUGUACUUACAAAAGUCUGAAUUGGCGUAAAAUAACGGCGGCAAAUCUGGCGUUUGCACAGUGUAGAAUGAAACACACCUUGAUAAAUUUGCCAUUUAUAUUACAGAAACUUUUUUUUCUGUGAAUUCUAUUUUACACAGAAUAAUAAAUAGGCCCCUUGAUAAAGUCUGAAAAAACGAUUCUAUUGCACAUGCCUCCAGCCAGGAGAAGGAAUGAUGGUGGGUACCAGCCUAAGGUAGAUGGUAAUCACUGGGGGAUGCCUAACACACUGGGUUUCCUUCUCCUGUAAUCUCCUGCUUUUUUUAAACAAAUCCAAAAUCAGUGAGAUUUUUAAGCAAAAAAAUGUUUAUUAUUAAAAAAUAAAAAGCUUAUUUGAAGUAAAAACAAGUGUUGUUUAAUGAGUAGCAAAAAGCUUUCAAUGGAGAG